CAAAUCCGCCGCAGGCGACAAGACAAAAACACUGCGCUGCCAUUAUAAUCAACGAAUCUGUCUCCUCCAGCGCUGUCCGCGCUUGCAGAAUAGAUGUGUUGUGAGGAAACACGCUGCUCCGCGCUCGCUGACGUCACCCCGGCGAGCGCUUCCAUAGAUGCGAGCGCGAGAGUACAGUGACAGCGCCUCGUUCACUGUACGCAACACUGAGUGAAUCUCAGGCUACACGCGAGAAACGGCAGCAUAUCAUGGAAUGUGACUAGGCAACAUUCCGCUUUAUUUGAAGCCGGCUGUCAGCCCUGCACUCACCGUUCCCAUUAUUACCAAGUGAUCACUGCCCUCCUGUGUGAUCCGGGAAUCACACUGGGAGCUUUAAUAUUUUUGUUAAUUAUUCCUCGAGUUUCUAUCCCACUCUAACGGUUCGACUCUGACUUCAAGCUGAGGAUCAAUAACUGGAUUUCAUCGGUGGAACAAUAGGUGACUGCUGCUGUCUGGAUAUUACAUUUUACUCUUGGAUUAUUGUCUCAGCAUCAUGAGUACGAGUGUACCCUAUCAGCAAAGCUCAUGCAGCAGUGAACGGAGCUCCGGACCAAUCCACUGCUUUCGCUGCCGGGAGGUGUGCAAAGGAGAGGUGGUACGAGUGCAGCAUGUCCACUUCCACAUCAAAUGCUUCACCUGCCAAGUGUGUGGCUGUGAUUUGGCACAUUCCGGAUUCUUCCAGAAGAGUGGCGAGUACAUCUGCACAGCAGACUACCAGCGCCUGUAUGGCACAAAGUGUGACAGCUGUGGGGACUUUAUCUCAGGGGAGGUGGUCUCUGCCCUGGGCCGCACAUAUCAUCCACAGUGUUUUGUGUGCAGUGUGUGCAGGAAACCUUUUCCAAUUGGGGACAGAGUGACGUUCAGUGGUAAAGAAUGUGUCUGUCAGCAGUGUUCCCUCAAGCUGGUUAAUUCCAAUGAGCCAAUCAAAAUCCACGGGCCCAGUCACUGUGCAGGUUGUAAGGAGGAGAUCAAACAGGGUCAAUCUCUGCUGGCGUUAGAGAAACAGUGGCACGUCAGCUGCUUCAGGUGUCAGACCUGCGGCCUGGUCUUGACGGGAGAGUACAUUAGCAAAGACGGCAUUCCUUACUGUGAGUCAGACUACCAUGCCCAGUUUGGGAUAAAGUGUGAAACAUGCGACAGAUACAUCAGUGGACGUGUGCUGGAGGCUGGAGGGAAGCACUACCACCCCACUUGUGCUCGCUGUGCCCGCUGUCAGAUGAUGUUUACAGAAGGAGAGGAGAUGUAUCUCACAGGUUCAGAGGUGUGGCAUCCUGUGUGUAAACAAGCAUCUCGAGCAGAGAGGAAACUGAGACUCAGGCGCACAUCAGAAACCUCCAUCUCUCCACCAGGCUCCAGCAUUAGUUCACCCAGCAGAGUCAUAUGUGCAAAAAUGGAGAACGAGAUCCUUGAUUACAAAGACUUGGACAUGUAUGAUAGUAUGGACAUAAGGAUGAGAAGAUCCUCCAGUCCGGGGUACAUAGACUCCCCCACCUACAGCAGACAGGGCAUGUCUCCCAUCACGCCCCGCUCUCCACAGCACUACUACAGAUAUGGCACUGAGAGUGGCAGAAGUUCACCCUAUUGCAAUCAGCUAGAUGCCCGGUCCAGCACGCCCACCACAAACCAAGCUCCCAAGCAUUUCCAUGUGCCAGCCACAGGGGAGCCCAAUAUCUACAGGAAGCCUCCCAUCUAUAAGAGACAUGGUAUAGUGUGCUCCGCCUGCCCCGGCCUGUUUUCCCUCACACUCAGUCCUGAGGCUGUGUGGGCUCAUGGGAAAGAUGUGCUCAUUGAGCACUUUGAUGUGCCGUGUUUUAGUGUGGCUGCUCCUCGGACAAACUUUGCAGCAGAGAAUGACUACAUAUCCAAGUCAGCCUCUUUGCCCGGAUAUGGCAGGAAUGGAUUGCACAGGCCACAGAGUGCAGACUACUAUCAGUAUGACAGUGGCAGUGAAGUCAACUGGGGAAUCAGAGAGUACAAGAUCUACCCAUAUGAAGCACUUAUUGUGACCACUAGGGGGCGUAACAGGUUGCCAAAGGAUGCAGACCGGGCUAGAUUGGAGCGGCAUCUUUCCCCUGAGGAGUUCUAUGAGGUGUUUGGGAUGACAAUGGUGGAGUUUGACCGUCUGGCACUGUGGAAGAGGAACGAGAUGAAGAAACAAGCUCGGCUGUUCUAGUGUUCCUGUCCCACACACACACACAGAGAGAGAGAGACCUGAAUACCUGUUCCAGUCUAACUAAACAAACACAUCCUGUGUCUCAGACACAUAGUCAUGCCUGGACUGUACCUAGAAAUUGUGCAACUCUUUAUUGUGACAGAGGCAUAUAAAUGAUCAGACAGGCUAAAAUACCUGACAAAGGAAAACAUAAAUAAAUAACAUGAUACACAGAAUGGUGGGAACAUUUUAGUUUUGACUUGAGUGUAAAGUGAACACAUUUCAUUUUGUUUCUGAAUGACAAAUCUAAGGAAUCAGGAUUCCUUAUUCAAGGAUUUUGAAUUUUGCCUUAUGUUCUCUAUUAAUUUAUGCACCAGCAAAGUGAGUGAACAGAAUGUAAAUAUGAUUAAUACAACCUUAAUGAGAGUGGAUGAAUCAUCUAAUGUCAUCCAUCAAGUACAUUAUUAAGUAAUAUUUAAUUUAAAGGUUAUAAAAUAAUAUUUUUCAGUCCUUUUAUUUCACUGUUAUUCAAGGACUACAUAAGCUUAGAUGGGCUGAAAUAAGCGAUGAUUUGCUUGACAAUGAAUACCAAAGUCUGACUGUUAUUUGUGAAGUUAGCAGAUGAAAUUGAGCACUACGGUGCUGUCCUUUGUUCAGGUCAUUUCCAAGGAGUAACGAAUACUGAAUGUACACUUUUAAGAAGACUUUAGGAUUAUUAGAGUUAAUAUUGAUGAAACAUUCAUUGUAAAUUGUGAUGGUAGAAAUACAUAUGGCUUGUGUCUGAUACGGAUGAAGACAAAACAGAUAAGAAUUAAGGUGCAAUGUUUUUUCUUUCUUUUUUUUCUUUUCUUUUUUGAAAUG